GGAUAUUCACUUUCAGACCCCAAAGGGCUCCGUCCUAACAUUGGGUUUUUUUUUGGCCCAGAAGCAGAAGUGUCCAAGGUUCACGAAGUUUGUUGUUCAAUAAGAUAAAUUCAUUUUUAGCCCAGCAGCAGAAAAUGUCCACGGGUCAAGUGUUUGUUGUUCAUUAAGCCCAGCAGAAGAAAUUGCCCAAGAUUCAAGAUGUUUGUUGUUUAAUAAGUUAAAUUUCUAACUGGGAUACUUUGCUCAUAUUCUUCACUUCUAACCAGUUGGCUUUGUCUUAAUCAAGAGAAACAAUGGGUCCAUGCUGACAUUGUUAAACAAUGACCCAAUCAAGAGAAACAAGAGUAUCUCCAUUAGACUAAUUAAAUACACCAUCUACCUAACCUGAUAAUGUUGUUGAGAAACAUCACAUGCCAAUGAUGACAAUUGAUAGAAAAACAGUAUAAAUAUUAGAAGGCAGUCACAGUUGGGAGAAUCGAUAGAGCGAAGAAACAGGAUUCAUUCCUCUGCCUCGGUUUCGGCAACGGAUGACUUGUUCAUCUGCAACUCUCUGGUAUUCGGAAAUGAUUGUAGUUGGAAUACUACUGCUGAGUGGCUUCGUAAUGGUCAAAGGCUCUGCUGAAGGUUAUAUGUUAUACAAUAGAGUGUAUUAUUGGCCAAUUAUAUAUUCAUCUGGACAGAUGCAAAGUAUGAAGAUUAGGUUGGCAGCAGAGGAAGUAUUCACAACAUUCACUGAGAAGUCUAUUUGGAUUCCUUCCGAUACCAUGGUAAUAAUAGACUGUGUGGAUGAGGAAGGUGAAAUAGUGGUACGAAUAUAUGAAGAACAGAGACAAACAUUUGCAAAAGAAAUGAGAUCAAGGUCUGUUGAUAAUCGGGGUCAAGUUACAGUGAUAUGGAGGAAAGAUGGCAAUUCUAAGAUAACAGUGGGAAGUCAUGUUUUUCUGGGUCCUGCUUCAGGCAAAAAAGGCUUUAUAACUCGAGUACAACUUCAUUGUGAAUGUGAUGGUACUGUUGGUUUGGACAGCAAUCAGAGGAAAGAUCAUCGAUUAGCAUGUGCUCCAGGCAACUCAAUCCCAGUUGCUCUGGAGCCCCAAGAUUUUCCAAAUACAACUUGCCCUUCGGUAGAGUCGACGACCAUUGACACCACAACCAUUGCAGUGACAACUGUUACUAGUCCUUUGUUGUGUGAUGAGAUUCAGACAGACACAAAGGGAGUAGGUCUUGUAUUAGAAGAAACAGAAGAGCGAAUUAUUCUAGUGCCAGGGUAUAGACACGUGCAAGUAUUGUUCAACUUAACGUCGCUUCAGAUUCCUAGUUGGUGUGGAAUAAAUCUCCAGGAGCUUUUCCAACAUUUAUUAAUUGAACAGUUUACCCACUCAGAAUUUAAAACAGGAAAGAGGCGAAGACGGGGGCUUAUUGAAUUUAUGGGAUUGGGAUACACUGCUGGAGUUUCCACAGUAAAUACACUGGAUAUUGCGGAGGUAAACUCGCAGUUAAAUUCUCUAAGGCAAAAGAUGAAAGAAAUAGUAAAUCGGGAUUUUCAGGAUAUGGGAGGGGUGAGCACGUUAGGUAAGCAACAAGCAAAUGUAGUUUCAGAAAUGCUCCAUAUUUUACAGCCAUUAGGAGAUAUGACAAACCGAAUUAUUGACAGAGUUAACAAUGAAACUACUCAACACACUAAGGAUGCUGUUUGUACCACUUAUACCUCGUGGUUACUUUCUGUAAUUGGGCUUAAUAUGGUACAAUUAGAGAACCAUAGGGUUCCCGAUUGGAUUUCAGAUGAACAGUUAAAAGAAUGGGUUGGUACUAACACACCAGGGUGUCACAUUAGAGAAUUCACGUUUACAAAUCAUCUCCUUGGAAAUUGUAGGAAUGGAUCUGGACCACUCUAUGUUGGAGCAGUUCUUCACAUUCCUUACCAUAGUGAUAACCAAACAUACCCACUGUACAAGGUUCAUAAUGUUGGGAAGUAUCAAGACGGAGUUUGGAUUUCACUUGCCAAUCCACCCAUUUAUGCUAUUAAGUGGCAAGGAUCUGCAAAGGGUGUAAAUUUGGCUUCCUGUCAUCAAAAGGGGGAAUAUUGGGUCUGUCCAGAGGAUUUGUUUAACAAUGGGUUAACAGAUUGUGGGUUUGUUUCUUAUGAUAAUUGUUCUCUAUCUAUUUUACCUGUUGGUAACAGGACAUUCAUAAAGUUUGCUUUGGUGAAUGAUACUUACUACUUUGCUACUUCAAGCACACAUUACAAGAAGGGAUCUUUAACGUGCAGUUUGUAUAACCAUAACGUAGCACUUUCCAAUGUUUUGAGAGACUUAUUUUUAGCUGGACAAGUGUUACCCAAACCUGUUGUAAAGCCACCUAUUCACCUGGAUAUAUAUAUCAAUGAUACUGCUGAGGACUUACUUAGAUAUGUACCUACAGCUCUUCCACCCAUCCCUCAUUUUACUGCACAAUGGGAUCGAGUAAUUAACCAUAAUGAAGCCAUUAUUAAACAGUGGGAUGAAUUGUCCAAGACUAUUAAAGAUCAUGCAGAUUUAGCUAAUGAUAUUUUGCAGGAUCCACCAUUUUGGAGUAAGGUUUGGAACUGGGGUCGGAACGUUAAUGUACAUCCUUGGAUUCGUAUUAUUUCACAUGUUGUUAUUGUUCUGCUUCUCGUUCUAAUGAUCAUCCAGUGUAUUUUCUUAAGUGUUUUCCGCAGGCAGCUUAAACAACUCAAGAGUUUGCAUGCUAAAUCUCAUUCCAAUUCUCUUUCCAGCAAUGUUGUCUGACUUUACACCAUGGUGUUGUCUUACUUUGAGUACUAUGUACCUAUACAUCAUUAUAUAUGCCAACAAAUGGUAUGAAAUUAGAUAUGUUUCAUCAUGUUUCUUUUAUAUGCUUUUGUACUGAUAUUAUUUUAAAUAUGCCAGUAUUUUCAUAGACUCCACAAAAAGUAAUAUGAUAUUUUGUUAGUAUCUUUAUUGGUAUUAUUUGUUGUCAUCAUGAAUGCUAGUGUUCCUUUUGUCCUGUACUCACUCAGAUAUAUAAACUAAAAUUGGGGAGAUGUUUUGUCAUGAAUGAAUUAAAACAUGGAAGAAAACUGGAAGCUAACUGGAAUGAGUCAAGGACAGUGGAAAUAGACAAACCAGAGAUCUUCGUUCUUGCCAUAUGGUUGAAGGAAUGAAAGUUGCCAUUUUGUGAAACUGCUCUUCAACCUCCAUUCUGUGAGCUGUCUUGUGAACCGGUGUUGCUCAGGAAUAGGUGUAUCAAGGUGCUUUCAUGUGAACGCAAUGAGACUCCUGAUAAUCUGUUGAACUGGAGAUCAUUUCCAAAUGAAAGGUUAUGUGUAACCUGUUCUUUGAUAAAUCAGAACGCGCUGAAUUAUCAAUGGGGCAGCCUGUGCCUAGCAAUUGGCUGAUCUGUUCUGAUUCAGAGCAAAGAAACAUUCAUUACAAAAUGUUACCUGUGUGAAGGACAAUAAAUUGAUGCUAGCUUGGACCAGAAGCAAUGAGAUCGAAACACAACAUUUGAACCAUUAAGGAAAGAGAAUAAGAAUCAACAGCUUUGAAAGCAAAAGAGCAAGAGUUCUGGAGACUAAUUAUCUCAAGGAAGACACCAUGCCAGGAGCUGGGAGAAGGAAUGUCAACUGUUUGAACAACACAAGAUUCCCAAUUUCAGUGUUAGACAAUGGAGAAGUGGUCUGAGGGAGUAUUGGUACAGAGGAAGAGUAGAAUUCAUGUUUUAAUUUGUUGGCCUGGUGUCAACAUUGUUACAUAGUUAUUUGUGUACAGACAAUAAAGUGCAAGCUUUG